AUGGCCUCAAUCGUCCGACCCUCGCUGCUGCGGCAAACGGCCCUCGCCUCUCGAUUCGCGACCCGGGGUGCCUUUGCCAAGCAGCCGGCGCUCCGAGUCGCCGCCCUGCACAGCUCCAGCAGGCGCUCUGCCAUAUUGCCCCCGGGGCCUCAGCGGAUCGAAGGUGGAGUCAACGACCCUGCCCCGAUCCCCGAACCCAAUUCCGCGCACGGCUCCUACCACUGGACCUUUGAGCGCCUUCUCGCCGCCAGCCUCGUCCCGCUCACCAUCGCCCCCUUCGCGGCCGGCUCUCUCAACCCGGCCAUGGACGCCGUUCUCUGCUCCACCGUGCUCCUCCACUCCCACAUGGGCUUCCAGCAGGUCAUUAUCGAUUACAUUCCAAACAAGAGAUACCCCGGCCUGCGCAAGUUCUUUUGGUGGGCGCUGAACGCCGCCACCAUCACUGUCGGCAUUGGACUGUACGAAUUCGAGACAAACGACGUUGGCGUCACCGAGGCUGUCAAAAGGAUUUGGAAGGCAUAG